GGCCUCCGGGGGCUGCGUGGGCGACGCAGUGAGUCGGGAGGCGGGCGGGACCGGGCGAGAGGGGGAGCCUCCUCGAGACCUCUAGUCUCUGCCCCCAGUUCCGGGUGACCCCAAGGUGAGCCGGCUGCAGGGGAAACUAUGCCAGGAAUUCUGCUUGGGAGGGAGAGGGAGGGCGGCGUCGGUGCCUUGGGCGGGAUCUGGGCCCUAGGCGGCGGUUAAACUUUAGCGGCUCCAUCCCCGCGGAGAGCGCGCUCCCCCGGCGCCUGGCUCCCUCCGAUGCGCCCGGCGGGAAACUAGCUAGGAGCAAUGCAGCGGCAGAGCGGGAUGACUGAUUUCCACUAGACUGGUUUCCCGGGGAGGAUGGCCUUGGGUUUUACUUUUUGAAAAGGUGAUUUAGAGGGCUAAGUGAUCUGAAUUCUGUAGGCAAAAGGCGAGCUUUUAAUAAUAAGAUUACUUUUCAACAAACCCGUUGGCAUCUCUAGUUCCUCUGCGAGUCACUCCAGAGCUGGAGUUGAGCAAGAGGCCCGACAGUGUUUUCAAUUUGAGGUGACUAGCUAAAAGUCCACAGAAAACUUGCUGAAGACAGGGCAAGGGCCUGUUCCUUGCCUAUCUCCCGGAAGUCCGUUUCUAACAGGAAUUUGGAGAGGCCUGGAGAGUGGACGGAGUUCAGACCUCCCUUCUCACGUGUUGUCUGCAGACACAGAUUGCUAUAGGCAGAAAUCAAGUUUUCAGCAGUGAAGCAAGUUUUAACUGCCAGUGCUAAUAUUCUUUUGGGUCACUAAUUUGUGUUAUUGGACUAGGACUGGGAAGUUUCCUGGGACCCCAUCAAAAUGUGUAGAGGCAGGAAGCAAGCUAUGGAAGUGAGUUGUGGCUAGCCAAACCCUGCUGAAGUUUUCCAGCACUGACCCUGUUGUGAUUUGCUAUAAACUCUUCAGUCUUUGCCCUAAGACAUCUCAGGACCCUAGGAUUUGUGAGAAUUAUCCUUGGUGUAUAGUAUAUGUACUGCUGAAGUGAGCAUUAAUUACCCUUGGUGUACAGGAAGAUCAAAGUAAUACUUUCGGCAUACAGGAAAACCUUGUGAACUGAGACCUGUAUUUCAAACUUCUGUAUUACUGGCCCUCUUUCAGCUCGUUGGCCAGCUGCCGUGGCCUUCAUGGCACUCUACCCCAGCAGUCAGCCCAGGGCUUCUCUCACCCAUGCAAUCCCAAGCUACCACUGCUGAGGGCCUCUGCAGCCCACUCUUUGGGACCUAUGCAUUCCCCACCUUCAAGUUCCAGUCCCGCUGUGAGAGCAUAGAGUGGAGACGUAUUAGUGCUUUGGAUGUGGAUCGUGUGGCCCGGGAGCUAGAUGUGGCCACUCUGCAGGAGAACAUCGCUGGUGUUACCUUUUGCAACUUGAGCCAGGAGGUGUGCAGCCGUUGUGGGCAGCCCGUGGACCCAGCGCUGCUCAAGGUACUGCGCCUGGCACAGCUUAUCAUUGAGUACCUACUGCACUGCCAGGAUUGCCUGAGUGCCAGUGUCACCCAGCUGGAGGCACGGCUGCAGGCCAGCCUGGACCAGCAGCAGCAUGGCCAGCAGGAGCUGGGCCGCCAGGCUGAUGAGCUCAAAGGUGUACGGGAGGAAAGCCGCCGGCGUCGAAAGAUGAUCAGCACCUUGCAGCAGCUGCUAAUGCAGACAGGCGCCCACAGCUACCACGCGUGCCACCUGUGUGACAAGUCAUUCAUGAAUGCCACCUUUCUCCAAAGCCACAUCCGGCGCAGGCACACAGGCAUGGCAGAAGGUGGAAAGCAGAAGCAGCAGGAACAGCCAUCUGAGGAGCUACUGGAGGAGCUGAGAGCCAAGCUGAAGUGGACCCAAGGGGAGCUGGAAGCCCAGAGGGAGGCCGAGAGGCGGCAUCAGCUGCAGGAAGCUGAGAUUACUCGUCAGAGGGAAAUAGAAGUGAAGAAAGAAUUUGAUGAAUGGAAAGAAAAAGAGCGGACCAAGCUUUAUGGAGAGAUAGAUAAGCUUAAGCAAUUACUUUGGGAUGAAUUUAAAACUGUUGCCAACCAGAACUCUACACUAGCAGAGAAACUGCAGGCUCUGCAGUCCCACAGUGUGGUGGAAUCCCACCUCGGAUCACUGCAGGAUGAGGAGUCUGAGGAGCGACUCAGGCAGGCACAAGAGCUCCAGUCCCUGAAAGAGAAGAUGGAGAUUCAGAAAACAGAGUGGAAGAGAAAAUUGAAGGAGCUGCAGGAAGAGCGUGUGACAGAGAGGAGAGAGCUACAGGAGGAGAACGAGAGACUCCAGGCCUCCCUGUCUCAGGAUCAGAGGAAGGCAGCCACCCAGUACCAGCACCAGAUCGAUGCCCUCCGUGCUCAACUGCGGGAGCAAGCCAGGCUCAUUGCCUCCCAGGAGGAGAAGAUCCAGACCCUGUCUCUCAGGAAGGCAGAACGGAUCCAAGAGAUGCCAAAUUCUGUGGACACAGAGGAGGACUCUCCUGAGGAAGAGCUGGAGGACUCCCAAGAUGAACAGCAGCAGGUGCUGGCUGCCCUGAGGGGAAACCUUCCGUUGCUGAAGCAGUUCCGGCCCAUCCUGGAGGACACCCUGGAAGAGAAGCUGGAAAGCAUGGGGAUAAAGAGGGACGCAAAGGGAAUCACUGUGCAGACUCUCAAACACCUGGAUACUGUGCUGAAAGCCCAGCGGGAGCAGAAGGCCAGGAAGUUUUCUGAAUUUCUGAGUCUGAGGAAAAAGCUCAUAAAAGAAGCCACCAGCAGAGUGAAGGAGAGACAGAGUGGGAAUAUGGUAUCCCUGCCCGAUGGCCAGCCUCCAGUCAAAAGUCAGCAGAGCACACUGCUCACCAGAGAGGCCCGGCCAAAGACCAGGACCCUGAAUGUGGCAGUGCCAUCCAAGCCGGCAGAGCCAUUCACACCAGCUCCUCAGAGCUGCAGCAGUCAUGGCCCUGGCCCAACCCAGGCGUCCACCCCAACACCACGCUCCAGGGUGCACGGACUCUCCAGUACCCCCGAGUCUCACAGGCUGGGGCUGAGCAGCACGCCCCCGUUCAGUUCCGAGGAGGAUUCCGAGGGAACAGCCGUGCGUCGCAUAUCUCUUCAAACUCCUCAAGUUUCUUCCAAGACGGUGCCCCAGCAGGAGAAUGACUGGGACUGGUCUGACACGGAGUCCUCAGAAGGGAAUGCCUAUCCCCCUGGCAGGGGCUCGGGUGGGCCGGCUUCCUCUGGGACACUGGUGCAGUUGAUGGUGAAAAAUCUCGAGAAGCAGCUUGAGGCUCCAGCAAAGAAGCCUGCUGGAGGAGUCAGUGUGUUCUUAAGGCCCAACACCGGGCCGCCGAGGGCUGCCAUGCCAGGAAGGAAGCCUCAGCUUUCUGAAGAUGAGAGCGACUUGGAGAUCUCUUCCUUGGAAGAUCUCUCUCAGAACCUGGACCAGAGAGAGAAACCAAAGCCCUUGUUUCACUCAAAGCUCCCAGAGAAGACUGAUGCUGGUGCUUGGAAUUCCAGCCGUCCCCGGGUCCCUGGCUGGUGACUCUGUCCAGGCCUUGCUUGCCAAAGGGCCAGGCUUGUUACCUGGCUGGGGCCAGCUUGGGGCACACCCCAUCAGGAGAGACUGCUGGGCCUCUUGGUUUCACCAUCAACACUUGGAGAAAAGCUGAGUAGGGGUCAAAUAUGAUCUCUCCCUUCCCUGCCUUCAUCAGAGGGUGAGGGGUACCUAAGUUCCCAAGGCUUGAGAAAUAGUUCUAACAGGAAACAUGUAGUUUCCAUCCUCUAUUUCCAUGCCCACUCCAAGCUGAAAAGAGUCACUCAGCCACUCUUCCCGAGCCUAUUAUAAAUCUAUAGGGUCACUAUAAGGGGUUCUAAUGCCUGUCAGUAAUUGAUCCAAAGUCAAUUAUUGAGUACAUACUCUGUGCUGGCUUCUCCAGUCUCUCAUUACUGAUUUGGGUUAUAGGCGGAGAUGGGUAGGGUAGAGUGUUUACAUCCAGGGCCAGUAGGUACUAACUAGUGAUAGAGAUUGGAGUGUUUCGGGAGCAUAGGAGAGGCCCAAGUGAUCUUGGAGAUCUUCCCAGAGUUGUGAUGUCUGUAGGGCUUGUUCACAGAUGAUAGGAAGAAAAGAGAAUCACUUGGCUGAGGCUUUAUGUCUCCAGAGGACCACAGAUAUAAUUUUUAAUAUUAUUUCCCAAAUCAAGUCAUGUACAUAACCAUUGUAUAUUUUUAGUGAAAAAGUUAAUUUAUUAUGUGCAAGCAUUUAAAUAUAGUAUGGUGCACAUAACUGUCUGUGAUUUUUUAAAGCUCUGCAGGGGCUGAGGGUGGUGAAGAGGGGAGGAAGCAACCUGCACUUUCAUUGUGUUGGUUUAGGUCCUUUGGAAUGCCAUUACCAAGGUGGAGUCAGGAGGUUAAGAGUUUUACUGAGGAGCCACAUCUUGGAAAGUGGAAGGUGCCAGAAGUGAGAUCAGGCAGAGAAAGGCUGUAGAGUACAAUGCAGAAUGGAAAGAGAGGAAGAGGAGAAAGGAGGCAGAAGAGUACCAGGCUGCACUGUAGGAUCAACAGGGUCGCUAUCAGCCCAACGGGGAGCCCCACAGCAACAGGUGCUUAGGAGAGCCCAUUGGGUAGGACUCCCAGGCCCUGCUGCUCAGUUCUUGGCUAUGGGUUGGGAAAGCCGAGGGAACCCAUUCAGCGAACUUCAUCCUUCAGUGUUGAACAGCUAUUUUUUCCUAAAGGAAGGCCCAGUCAUGUACCUUCAUGUCUCCUACAGAAAGAUGUGUUUUACAUUUUUUUAUUUAUGGGAAACGUCAAACAUAUGUUUGAGUAGAGGGGAUAGCAUGGCAAGCCCAUGUCUUCAUCACGGCCUCAGCCAUUAUCAAGUCAUGGCCAGUCUUGUUUCACUCAUCUCCAGCCCUUACCCUGUCCGGGGUUCUUUCGACCUCUGAGUGUUGACACAUGGGAUAGGCCUCAAAGUUCUCGUAGGAGGAACCAGAGGAGGGGUGAUGAGGGAAAGAUUGCUGACAGCAGAAGGUGUCUGGAGAUGGGAAGAGGUAGGGUUGGGGAAUGGUGUAUGAAGGAAGCUGUUCAGUGAGGCUGGAGUAUGGCUUAUGAGGUAGGAUUCUUAUGUGGGCAUUGUAGCCAGCUCAAUCCUGGGUGAUUGGUUGGUAAUUCCCUUUGUGCCUCUCAUAUUGAACAGAUGAGAAUGUUUAUGAUGGACAGUCCCAAUGACUGUGAGGAGGAAGAUGGAACCGUGAGUGGGGAGUGGUGAUAGGGUUCAUUCUUCCUCAGGAUUCUACCAGCAAAGUCACAUUUUCCUAUUUAUUGGGUUUGGGUAAGAUACGCUUAUGCUGCCUGGCCUGGUCUUCCCAUCUCAUCCUGAGGCCUCCCAGCUCUAAGUAUGCUUCCACAGCCAGCCUCCCAUGUCACACAACUGCCCCAGAGUCUCUGUUUUGGCCUCAGAGUUAUCUCUGACCUGUAGACAGUGGCGUGGUCUACUUGCAGGUUCAGCCUGAUCAUGUGGGAGAGCUGAUGCUCCAGGACAGCUCAUGACCACAGUGGAAUGGAUGUUGAUGAAUAAUUGCUCCAGGCUUUCCCUGCAUCUAUGGGACACCUAUGCAGGCUGAGAAGUCCUGUGAUAGGUUCACCUGAAAGCCUAUGAUCCAGGGAAGACAACAGAGUGGCCAGUUCUGAAAGCAUGAAAACCAGGGGGAGCCUGUGGUACAACUGUCAGCGGAAGGCAGAGCUCUGAGAGCCAAAAGCCAAAAAACAUGGAGUUCUGACAUCCAAGGACAAGAAGAAAUAUAUCAGUGGGGUUGGCGGGGGGAAAAAGAGACAGAGUCAGAGAGAGUCUAGAUCCUUUAUCUAUUUUUUUGUUCUACCUGAGUCAUCAACCAUUAGAUGAUGCCAACACUGGGUGAGGAUGGAUCUUCCUUACUCAGUUUACUGAUUCAAGUACCAAUUUCUGCUGGAAGCACUCACAGACAUACCUAGAAAUAUUGCUUUGCCAGCUAUCUGGGUAUGUCUCAAUCCCUUAAAAUUGGUAGCUAAGAUUAAAUAUUGCAGCAAUAUUUGUAAGAACAGAGGAACAUAUGUAACAGAUUAUUUUAAAAUUAUACAAUCAGAUUUAUGUAGAAAAAUUAGAAACUACAGAUAAUGAAAAAGAAAAUAAAUUGGAAUAAUCCACAAAUCAGGAUUAACUACUGUUAUCAGCUAGUUGUAUAU